UCUUCACAGGAGCUUUAAAAUCUGAUUUUUUAUCGUUAAAAAAAUCAAAUUAACACUGUUUUUGAAGUGGUAUGUGUAGUUGGUUUGUUUCAUUCAUAUAAUAAAUGUUAGUCUAAUUUGAAAAGUCCCUGAGUAACACAGAGAACUACAAAACGUGUUGUAUCCGUCCCCUGUCUCCCCUAAUUCUGUCCAUUUACUGAUGCAUAAUCUUCCCUUUCCUUCACCAGUCUUGUGAAAACAGUGCUGUUAUUCCUCUGCAUCACCUUGUGCAGCGUGCACGCUGCUGCAGCCUGCUCCACUCUCAGUGUCUUUGUGAGUCUUCUUCUCGGUCCUCCUGAGCUCUGAGUGGUGCUGUCUCCUCUCUGCCUCCCUGGCAAAUCUGCCUUCCAUUGCACUUCUCCACCAGCGGACUAACCAGGCCCCUCGCAGCUGCUACACGGGGCCCCCAGAGCCGGGCUGAUUCCCACCGCAGACCCGGCAGGUGUGACUCUGGAGCCUUAUUGGGGGGAACUGCCUGGCAACGUAGCCGCUCCGGAUGCCGGAUCUCCGGACUGCUCCGCAGGAAAAGCCCCUGGCUGUGCUGAAACCAUAAUCAAAGUGCGACACACUCUCACACACACAAACACAUGCACAUCACACACGGGCCUUUCUCGCAUUGUAACUUUGCGUUUUCGCCUCUCUGCGGGGGAUAAACGCAGAUUAUCGGAGGUGAGGCUGCUGGGGUUAUUAUCCGGGGGAGCGUGACGCGCACUCCACAGCAGCUCCUGCGCUGUCAGACGAGGAAGUGAGGCUUCAAACACGCCCAUUUCUGCCUGUCGAAGCCCGGAGCCGUUCAUCAGAUAACAGCAACAGACUUUCCAAACAUGCGGUCUGUCUCGGAUGGACAACCCCGGGAAUAACCUGCAGGACGACGCGGACAUCAGGGGGUAGGUAGAGCUCUCCGCGGCCCGGGGACAUGACAGUUUCCCCAAAUGUUUUUAUCGCCAGACUUCUCCUCUGUGCAGGCCUGUCUCCAUCUUUUCUCUUUUUUUUUUGAUAGUCACAUGCAUGAUCUCUGGCCUAACUGUCACCGACAUGCACAGACACUCGUUAAUUCUCAGUUCGGCUCUGAAUGAAUCAAGAGGAGCUCAUAGUUCAGCGAACAGGCUGCGGGCCAGAUGUCAGCAUCAGCCCCGCUGUGCGUGGACUGGCACCUGCUUGCGUGGUGAUGUUGCGUGAAAUUAGCUGAGUUCAGGCUGCAGACUGAGAGCCCAGAGAGCCCAUUAAAAGCCAGAAACAAACCAUUAAUGCGAUUUUAACCAGUUUGCUGCCAUCUCCAGAUGUGGCAGAUUGACUGCUGGAUAACUAAGUGCUUCAGUGACAUUAGAGGAAUCCUCAGUGGGCAUUUCUGUUUGUCAUGACUUGGAAAAAUACCUGUUUGCAAAGAUUCAUUCCUGAGAUAGUCCAUAUUUUUAUUUAUGAAAUGAUGCACAGGGAUGAAGUGGCAGCACAGUCACUCAGUUUCUCAGAUAGGUUUGCAGCAGAAUGUCAAAUUCCUCCCUUUAUUUGUGGAUUUAUUACCUAUUUAUGAAAUCAAACUGAUUUAUUAGAAGAGUUUGAGCUUUAGAAACCUGAAGAAGUCAGCUGUAAUUGUAUAGACAACAACUGUAAGAAGAUGUGUUUAAUUGAUUCACUGAUUUUUAUUUCCUGUAGAUGCUCUACAAAGAAUAAAAACACUGACAUGUACCUGAGGUAGGGAUCAGAUCAGGAUGAUUUUACACUUGCAGUAUUAAUUUGCACAAGUGUCCUGAGUGAGUCGUGUUACAAUCCACUAAUCUGGCUAAAAAGCUUCGAUAAUCCCAGGUUACACUUGAGACGGUGGUUAAACUUUCAGCAUAAACUGUUUAUUUUUAGAUAAUUUAAUAUGAUAUUUUAUAGUGAUAGCUGGAAAACAAACACCCCCACUGGCUCCAAGGUCACCGACGUCUCCCCUGUCGUUCACAGCUGUGUUAAUAAUAUUCUUAUUACAGCUUAGCGGUGUGAUUUUAUCCUUUAGAGGUUUAAAGUUUAAACAUUUGUUGCUUUAGGAUAUUAGAAAUCUUGGAAAGAAAACGGUUUAUUCUGUGAGGGAGUUUUCACUCAGCUGUACUGAACUGUAAAUGUCAUAAUAUCACUUUGACUUCAGUACAUAGUCCCACAGACAGAGUCCACAUUCAGACUUUGUUUGUGCCGAACUUAUCAUGCAUCUAAAAGUAGCACAGAAUCACAUGAACAGAAAAUCGAUAAUAACCCUGAUUCAUGCGUAAGAUGAAACAUCAGCGAAUCAAACUAAACAAGCAACAAACUAAGGACAUAAAGAAUCAAACUCAGGACUUUAUAAAGGUACAGCCCAUAUCACUGAUUCACCUUAACACAGUUGGUUUAAAUCUGCAGUCAUUAUAUCGAAUACUUUAAAUAAUCAAAUAUACAAGCUGAUUAAAACAGUCACCAGCUCGUGUUUAAUGUAAACCCUGUCGAGUGGAUAGAAGAAUGCAGUUUUAUAUUCUUCUGACAUAAAUAUCAUUUAAUACAUUCGUCUGUUUCUUCUAUAAAUCUAAAACAGAUUACUGGCAAAGAUAACUGUGUUCAUUAGCUUUUUAUGUGCAUGUAAUGAUGGAUUUUGUUACAGAGAGCACGCUGCAUCAGAAUAAUGAGAGAGCAUGACCGCUACACGCAGACCUCCAUGUUGAGGUUUUAUUUACACGUGCACCGAUGGUGUAGCAUCGUCUUCUUCGCUCAGAUAGACUCAGACUCUGUGCUGCUGUGUGUAACAUGGGUAUACAGUGUGAUUAUGAAGUGACUCUGUUAACCAAAAACUGACUCCAUGUGAUCUGGGAGAUAUGCAAAAAAGAGAUGUGGAAAAAACUGAAUAUGUUUUUUCCAUGACUACAAACGGAGCAUUACUUUGUGUGUUUUGACAUCCCCACAUCAAACGCAAUGAGAUUUUCUUCUAAAGCUCAUUCAGGACAGAGGAAAACACACAUCUGAAGGUCAAAGGACUGAAAUAAGGAGUGCUUUAGAAGAACUGCUGGGAAUGAAUUUGCAUCUACGGACAUCAUGAACUGUGGCACAACAAUAAAAGUUUCAAGACUUGUGAUACUUGCAGAAAAAAAACAUCGCUCUAGUCUGCAUAGGUAUGAAAAAUAAGUUUACAUUUGGAUCUGUGCAGGUCGUCCCCUCACUGUUUUUGCUGUGUCACGUGAGGUUAACCGCCGCCAUGGUCGGAUGCAAAUCACACAGCUGAGGUGGACAGUGUUGGUGUCGUGUGUCACUCAGUCUGCAGAGGAAUGAAGAAAGAAAAGUCAGACAUGUGGUCCAAAGUUUUUGUUGUGUGAUAUUCCCCUCUAUAAAAUAUUCCCUCUUAUAGUAAAACAUGUUAAAUUGUGAUUUUGAUCUCGAAGAGCAGUGCUGUUAAACUGGAAACACAGUCUUUCACUGAGCUUCCUCUGAAACACUCCACAGUGCCCCUUCAGUUCACAUCUUUCUUCCAGCAGCUGUUUGUUUGUAGCGAGUCCAUUACGGUCUGCAGCGGGGUGACACAGCUCAAUGAAGAACAUUUAUGAUCAUUACUUUAUCAUUUCCUUUAAGUAAUAAUCACCAUAUUAAUCAUUUUGUACUGCAGACGCAGUAGUUCUUCUGCCUCAGCGUCCCGAUCUGAUUGCAUUUUCAUGAAGUAAUGAUCAUAAAUGUUCUUCCUUGAGCUGCGUCACCCCGCUGCAGUCUGUAAUGGACUGGCCUGAGGUCUCACUACAAACAAGCAGCUGCUGUAAGUGAGUUGUGUUUAGUCUCUUUGCUUAAGAAAUUAGUCAAAGUUAAAAAGAUGUUUGGUGUCUAGUACUAUGUCUGUGACCCUAUAUGUCCUGUUGAUGAAGUUAGGUGCUGUUCUGAGCAUUAUUUGUGGCUAUAGAGUGGUGUUUUAGUUGAAGUUUGUUCAUGGCUCCUCAGACCGCUGUGUAUUGCUAUUGUGCGGUCGUUACUAAAGUUGGUAUAACUAGAAAAGCAAGCAGUCUGCAACAUUAAUCUCUCGAGGGGGUGUCUAACUUGGUGUUACAGUGUGUUUGACCCUAAAUUAAUUUUACGCUAGAAUAUCCCUUUAACCUUAUAUCCAGUUGAAGUCCUCACAGGAGCUUUAAAGUGUUGUGUUGGUUUGGGCGCCUCCUGUGGACAAAGGUGUCCAAUUUUCUUUUUCCAAAUUUCUUGUGCUGUCUGGGGUGUUUUCUGUCAGAAAAUCUCCUCCUUUUAAAAGUCUCUCACAUCCCGCUCUGUGAGUCUUUGCUGAGGUAAAUGUAAAAGAAAGGCGGGCUCUGCAGCGUGCGCUGGAUCAAUGUUCCCCACACUGAUGCAGCAGAAAUGAUCAGUCCUAUAGAUGAUGGGCUUGUUUGCUUUUGUUGGUGUGUUGAUGCGGGUGAAGGUGAAGACUAAACUAAAAGCUGUGUUUUGAUUGGUUAUCUGUCCGUGUGUGUGUGUGUGUGUGUGUGUGUGUGUGUGUGUGUGUGUGUGUGUGUGUGUGUGUGUGUGUAUGUGUGUGUGUGUGGUGCAGUCAGCUUCAGUGUUGAAGGAUGGACCGGGAGCUGCUGCGUCAGAACCAAUCAGAACACGGCGAGGCCACCAAUGGGACCAGCCCUCAGACUUCCACCUCCACGGCCGACUCUUCCAACCCCACAACCCCCACCCCUCCCCGCCUCACCCCCAAUCCCAUGCUGCUGGACUCCCCCGCUCCCUCGCUGACACCCACCACCUCCUCCCCUCCUCCCCCUCUCACCCCUGCUCCAUCCAUCACAACAACCCACGUCCCAAAGGUGGCGUCGGCUCCUUCCCCACACAUCCUCGUCCCCGCCCCCCCUAAACUCACCUCCACCACUACCCCUGCCCUCCGCACCUACUCCCGCCCUAUCCUCCCCUCCCCUGCAGGGGUCUCUAAAACAUCUCCAUCUUCUUCCUCUUUCCUCCCUCCUUCCUCCUCCUCCUCUUCCUCUCCUGUUGUAGCCAGCGCCACCUCGCCACUCCCCUCCUCCUCUUCUUCUUCCUUUUCUUCUUCCUCCUCUUCUUCCCCUUCUGCCACGCACAGCGCCUCCAUGGCAUCCAAGACCUCCACCAGCCUGACCAACGGGAACACAAGACCAGUUUCCACGCCGACCUCCUCACCUAUCAAGCCCUUCCACACACCAGCCAGCCCACCUGGCCGACAGGUAACAGACAGCACACACACGUUCUGAAUAGACAGAGCACGCUGAUGUCCACUUGAUCACAUGACACCACCAGCAGGACUUCCUGCUCCACAUACUUUGAAUCCAGGAGUUUUUUCUCUGACGUGUGACAUGACCUCAGUCUGCUUUUUUAAUCAUAUCCUGGUUAUGGUGUUUGCAGGCAUGCAGAGAAACCUGUUUAUUCAUACCCUCGUGAUCAUGAUAAAUAGAUAUACUCUGUUUUUUUAUCACUGUGUCUUAUUUGUAUAGGUGCCUGCAGUGUUUACAUUUUGUAACACAAGCCGUGGCAAAGUAGACACCUGAAAAAAGUGAGACGACUGUGGCGUACCGCAGGUCUAGCACCACCGAAUGACACCAAAGCAGCAUUUCAGGGCUUCCUCUCCUUUAAUUCCCUCAUUACCAAAAAGACAAAACUCUGUUUCUUUGUCGCUCCAGAAGUGAGACGCUCUUGUUUGUUUUGCUGAUGCGUCACCUAGCUGAGGCCACACCUGCACAGGUAGUCAGCAGCUGUUUGAGAGCUAAAAACUGCAGUUCUCUGACUGUCCACUAGGGCUGAUUACACAAACAUAAAAAACCAUAUAGACACUCAUUCAAAAAGGAAAGAAGAGAAGUAAGUUCAGAUCACCAAUCUGUCAAUCAAAGAUGAUACCACUUUAAACAAAGAGGAAGUACUCAAAUCAAUUAAAACCACAUCUGGACAGAAGAAACACUAAAACGGAGAUACACUAAAUAUUUAAAUCACCAUGAAUAAAGGGCAAAAAUCUAUAAGAAGACUUCAGAAAGUGUUGUACAUGAACAAAGUAUAAAAAAUAAACCAAAACAGAUUCAUGUUUGAGAUUUAUACCAAAAUAUAAAUAACAAAUCAAUAAAAACAGUGUCUGUAGGAGCCAAAUCUGUAUGAGUAUAUUGUGUUAUUAUGAGUUGCAGUUCACUUUGUGUGCCGUUGGUGUUGCUGUCUUGUUAUCUGGGGGCUCAGGGAUAAAGGUAGUCAUGUCACUGUUGUGUGCUGGUGUUUGACCCGGAAGGGCAAAAGGUUUUUGACUAAUGUUGUAGGAGCUAAGUCGAUACUUAAAGCUACUGAGAUGCUUGACCCAGAGUAACCUGGUUGACGCGCCGCGCUACUGAGCUUUACCGUGAGUUGUGAUGAUCAUUGAAAGUCCGGACGCUGUUCCUCAGAUUCAGCAAACAAAAAUUUAUUCCAUAACCAAAACUAUUUUGCAAUUGGUAUCCAACACUGAACAAGCCAGGAAAACGCCGGCAGCUAGCGCCACGACGGUCAAAAAUCUUUUGCCCUUCCAAGGCACACAAAGUGAACUGCAACUCAUAAUAAUACAAUAUACUCAAACAUAUUUGGCUCUUACAGUGUCCAUGUGUCUGUUUGUGGUGAGUCUCAGUUUUACUGUAAGUCGUGGGUUACACAGAUGAUUCACUCUGACUUACUUCAGUGUAAAGAAGCGAAUUCUCUCAUUUUAACCGGUUUGAAGUUUGAACAUUAGUAAACAGGAAACAGUCCAGCUUUGUCAGGUCUGUCUUCAAGAGGAGGAGAAGUUUGUUUGGUCGUUUUCUGAUGUGUUCAAGGAAGUCAGGGAAUCUCAGCACUGGCUGCCUUUAGUGACAGCAUCAAGCAGAUCUGUAUCUCUGUAAAUGUUUGAUCUAGAACAGACUUUUGGUUGCACUAACAUGCAUUUAUCUGUUGAUAGAGAUCCUUAAUAAAAUCAUUUUGUUGGAUCUCUGCUGAUGGGAGGCUGGGUGUCAUGACAGCAGAUUUUGUUUUAUUUAAUCUCUGUUAAAAAAAAAAGACGCAGUUAGAAAUAAUCUGAUCCACCGUCAGAGUAAAAGCCUACUUAAACACUUCUGGUUUUAAAGCAAAGUGAGGGUUUGGUUUUUCCUUUAAGUUUCUUAUUUUAGAGCCGCUCACUUUUAAUAUUCCGUGUUUAUGUUCUCACCAAAGUCUGUCUCACUGUUCAGCCACCAGAGUCCAAACAGGAGGAGAUCUGAGCUGAUAAAAAUGUUUAUCCACCCUCUGAGCCGCCGACAGUUAUUACACUGAGCUCAGAGCAAUAAGAUGAGGAAGCAGGGUUUUUAUUCGGGGUUUCGUCCACACAGACUGACGUACAGUGAAGUAGGGUAAAAUCAUAGGGGCUGCUGCUGCAUUCAUGAGCUCCAGACAUGGUCCCGGUUUCUAAAUUCAGAAGCUGUUUUUUGAUCUUUGGUGUGUUUGGGUGCCUCCCAUUCAGGAAGUCGAGUAAUAUUGAAUAACUUGACUAUUUUAAUCAAGGAUGGAUGCUUGUUAAUCCUAAAAUAUUGCUUUUAUAAACACACCUGACUAUUUAAAUGGGUUAAAUUUGCCACACUAGGCCACUCUGUUGCGCUCAGUGUUUUUCCAGGCAGGUCACGAGGUCACGCUCAGCCUGCAGUAAAUCAGCUGAUCACUUUCUAUGCAUCCAGUUUGUAAAUGUCAAAAUUGUUUAAACUGCUUUAGCCUGCCUCCUCUUCCUGCUUCUUCUGCAACCCGCCUCCCCGACCUCAGCUCCUCCUUUUUACGCUGUUUCUGAUUUCUUUGCUGCUGCUCUCCCUGCUUCGGCUUUUCAUACGUGCACAAGAAACAGAGGGGAGAUGUAAGCAUGUAGAAAGGCAGGGGGAUGAAAAACUUCAGUUUGUCUCAUGCAGCCAAACCUAAACCAUAAAUAUCAGAAACCUUGUUUUCUUUGCUCUCCCUCCCUCAGGCUCGGUAUGCCUCUGCUCUGUUCUGUACCUUGGUGUCUGUGCUGCUGCUCUACCUGCCUAUGAUUUUUAUGUAUGGGUUAAUUUUUUAAUGCAAAUUAAUCACAACUAAAACCAAUCCCAGCUGAAUUAUUACAAAUUUUAUUUGAGCAAAGAUUUGACAUGCAGUAUGUGAAUUACUAAAAAGUAUUUUUACAUUCUUGGCGCAGCAUGUUGACCCGUCAGGAACCAGAUUUACGGAGUUUUGUCACGUUCAGGAGUGAAACAAGAAGGGAAAGGACCCAAGUGCAGAAUCAAAAUGAGGAUUUAUUUAAAAGGAACUAAAAGAAAAAAAUGAAAACUUACUUAGUGUGUCAGAAAACUCCCAAAGGCAAAAACAUAAAAGCCAAAAUCCAACAAAGACACUGGGGGAAAAACCCCAUGGAGACACUGAAGACACUCGUACAUACCACACAACACAAAUUCACAAUGAACCAACUAGGAAACUGGGGAAGACAGGGACUAUAUAUACACACAGGGAUACGAGCAACGAGAGGCAGGUGAGACUGAGACACAAGUGUGGACAAUUACUAAGGAGGGAAACUGAUAAUGGAGAAUAAAACACUGAGAACAUGAGGGAAACGGUCAAACACAAACUGAAAACUCACAAGAAAGGACAACAGGGGAACAGAAACAUCAGGGAACAGAGACAUUAGGGAAAAUCACAAAGAAAAUCCACUCGAGGGAAAAAACAAACCAGGGAAAAACUAAAAACCAGAACAUAUCAUGACAAAUUUGGGGGUUUUUCAUCUGUCUAGGACAAGCAUCCAUACUUAGCGACAGUAUAAACUCAUGAUUUGAUGUACUUUUUAAAGAGCCUUCAAUUCAAACAGGAUCAGUGUCAACAUUAACUUGUUUGUUUCCACCCUCUCUGCACAAAUUCUCAUAAUCUGUCUGAAUUUUACUGCUAAAUGUUUGAAGAAGACGGUCUUCUUGCUCUAAAGCUCCCCUGAUUUGUCCCCCUCCUCUCCCCUCCUCUCCUCUCCUCUCCCCUCCUCUCCUCCCCUCUCCUCUCCUCUCCCCUCCUCUCCUCUCCUCUCCUCUCCCCUCCUCUCCUCUCCUCUGCCCUCCUCUCCUCUCCUCUCCUCCUCUCUCCUCUUCUCCUCUCUACCUCCCUUUCACUCCAGGUAUCACAGGCUCAUCCUGUGGGCACACCUGGUCUUGUGCGAGCCAAUCAGAACCCGUCCCCUGUCAGGCAGAGGGUAUCCCAGCAGACCUUGCUCCUGGGGAAAGGUCUCAAAGGGUCUGGCCAAGACCAGGUGCUGCUUAGAGCUCAGAUGGUAAACACAGAUCCACACAAACACAAAUACACCUCGAACGUUUCCAGCCUUGCCACCUCUCGUCUUUUUACUUCCUCCUCACUUUUUUCCCUCUUCUCUUCUUUCCUCCUGCAGCUGAUUCUCACAUCUGCUAUGCGACCUGCCCUGUCCUCCUCCUCCUCUUCUUCCUCCUCCACCUCCUCUCCUCCUGCUUCCUCUAACCCCGCCUCCGCUCAGGUGAGCAGAAGAGCAGUUCUGACUUUUCUUGUGUGCAUGUUUGAGUUCGGUGUGAAGUCCUGCGGCUGGUAUUUGACUGACAAGCUUUCAACGCUCACUCUGCACAGUCUAAUAACAGCGGCUGCAUUAUCGGGAAAACAGUGAUGGACGCUUUUACCAGUUUUUAUUUUCCAAUGACAUCCAGAAAGUACUAGUUUGGGUUUAAUCCUUAUAUCCUGAUAUCAUAUCUGAUCAUCUCUCUCUCUGUCUUUCUGUCUCCCUCUCUCUUCUCCAGCUUCAGAGUCUCACCCUGAGACCUCCUCCCCCCGGGGCCCUCACCAUCCCUCCCUCCCUCCGCCUCAAACCCCCCUCCUCAGUCCCGCCUCCCCUCUCUCGCCCUCACGCCCCUCUCUUCCCCCCUCUCAGGCCGCGACCGCAGCCCAGCACCACGGCAACCGAGAGCCCGACCACACCCAGCCGUCACCUCUCCGUCCCUCCGCCAAGUAGGUCCCUGCAGGGAACCGAUGGUGUCACAGCGGAGCCAGACUGUCAGCGUCUCUGUGCUUUAUUUAUUCAGCAUCAGCAUGAGGCAACAACCAUGAAAUGAACAUCAGGGCUAAAUGAUGAAGCUCACUGACAGGUUCAGUCCCCCUGGUGUCUGAUUAGCUGGGGGGCUCAUUUCUCUACGACUGCAAGACUAACCUGUCGAUGCACCUUUAAUCACAGAUGAUUGAGUUUAAACCCUGAAACAUCUCACCUUCAGUGUGAAUGUCACAGAGACAAGAUGGUGCCACACAGUCCUACUGCUGCGCAGGUGUUACUUUAGAGGUAGUAAGAGAGGUGUUAGCUUUUGUGGCUGCAGGUUUACAGGAACUAAACUUUUAACUUUUGCAUCUUAAAGGGAUAUUCCAGCGUAAAAUUAAUUAAGGGUCAAACACACUGUACCACCGACUUAGACACCCCGUCGAGAGAUGAAUGUUGCCGACCGCUUCCUUCUCUAGUUACACCAACUUUAGUAACGACCGCAGGAUAGCAAUACGGAGAGACACGCCCUCAACCAAAACGCCACUCUAUAACCACAAAUAAUGCUCAUAUAGGGUCAUAAACAUCUUUUUAACUUUGCCUGAUUUCUUGAGCAAAGAGACUAAACACAACUCACCUACUCUCUUCCAGCAGACGCUUGUUUGUAGGGAGACCUCAGGCCAGUCCAUUACUGACUACAGCGGGGUGUCGCAGCUCAAGGAAGAACAUUUAUGAUCAUUUCUUUAUCAUUUCCUUGAAGUAAUAAUCACCAUAUGAAUCAUUUUGCAGACACGGUAGUUUUUCUGUCUUAGCGUCUCGGUCUGAUUGAAUUCCAUGAAGAAAUGAUCAUAAAUGUUCUUCCUUGAGCUGCGUCACCCCGCUAUAUGUCCUGUUGAUGAAGUUAGGUGCUGUUCUGAGCAUUAUUUGUGUCUAUAGAGUGGCGUUUUGGUUGGGGGCGUGGCUCUCUGUAUUUCUAUCUGCGGUCGUUACUGAACAUCAUGUUUUCACCUCAGCGGUUCUGUCAUGUUUCCUCUUCAUCCUCUGUCUCUCUCUCUCUCUCUCUCUCUCUCUCUCUCUCUCUCACAGCUCUGUACUCUCCGGUCCGGGCCAUCCCCCUCAGACCCAGACUUCACUCUCCAAACGGCCACAGAGUGACGUCGCCGAGGCAAACCUCAGCCCUCCAACCAAUCGCUGCUGCCCCCGCCACCCAGGCCUCCUCCGUCAGCAGGCCGCUGUCCGGGCUCAAGACCUGUCCGCUAACUCAAACCAUGCUCGGGCCCGGCCAAUCACAGCACAGCUCGUUAUCAGUGACCAAUCCAAUGUCUGUUUCUUCCCAUUUCGAGCGCUCGCCGUCUGCAGCGAGGCAGCUGCAAAUCAUCGCUCUCUCCUCGGGCCGCCAGACGCAACCCGGCACCUACGGCCACACUGUGCAGUCGCCGCCUUCAAUCGUAGAGUCCUCUGACUUGACCAGCCAAUCAAAGAGGACUCUGAGCGGUGAGGACGUGCUUCCUCUUCCUGUCAACCCAACGGUGCCAAAAAAUACCUCUCCUCUGCCCUCGCCUCCGUCCCUCCUGAGUCCGGCGUCCCCUCCGAGUCAGGCGGGCCCUCAGAUACAGACUAUGACCCAGAAAAAAGAGGCGAAGGAGAGCGAGGAGCAGAGGGAGAGACCACGAGGGGUGAGACAAGGGAUCAGAGAGGAGGGGGGUGUAGGGAAAGACCUGAAGACGGUGCAGAAAGACGACCAAAGAGGGAAAGAGAAGGAGGAGAAGCCGAGGCUGUCAGCGGAGACGGAGGGAAGCCUCAGCGGGAAGAAACCGACGCAAGAAGCAGAAAGAGGCAAAGAGGACGAAGACAUGGAGGUGACGGAGGAAGGAGAGAGUGACCGAGCGAAGGAGGAGAAAAAGAUGGAGGAGAAAGAGGAGGGAGAGACCACUAUGGACCAGUCUGAAGACCUGACCAGUCAGAGUCUUCAUCAGCACCAGAACACAGAGCCAGUCCCAAAGCCUGAAACCGUCAGAGACUCAAGUAUGGAGCUGAAACCCACCAAGCCGCUUGUUUCUGCCCCAGUUCCACCUCCAGCUGCGGUACCAGUGACAGUACCGGUACCAACCCCAGUCCCAGAGAUCUCUGUCCACAAUCAGAGACUCCCAGAGCCUCAUCGGGACCUUCAACCGGUCAGCCAGGAGGACUUCUGUGAGAACAUGUCAACACAGUCAGACAACCAGUCAGGUGAGGACUUCCACUGGGUUCAGAAAUGUUCAGUUUUUAUGCAGAUGUGAAGCUCUCUCUUUUAUCACCUGAUUCUGAUCCACAGGGUUGUUGGGCUCAGCCUACAUAGUUAUGAGGCACAGAGAAAACCCACGACCUCUUGUGACCUUGCGGAGGCUUGCACCGACCCCCUCUACUGGUCAUUUGUCUUAAAUUGAGGGGUCGUUUUACCCCCAAUUCCACCGCAUCUGGAACGGCUAAGAAAGGUCAUAUCCUCCGAUCGUAGCUGAUCGUAAUCAUUAAAGUUAGUGUGUCAGUUUCCACCGACUUCUUUCCGUUCCUCUGUGGAUCGCCGGACUCCUCAGCUGAUCACAAGAGUUCUAAUCUUUCUGGACUCCAGAGCAUGGCGGAUAAAUUCAGCACAGAUUAACCCGUGCUGGAAAGGAAGUCGAGGACAGACACAAAAUAAAACAUCCGACUUCUUUUCAAAAUAAAACACUCCGUGUUUCAGGAGGAUCGUAUUUCACACCAUGCAAACGGGCGGAGACGAACAAGUGAAAGGUUUUUAGACGUCAUUUCACCCCGAUGACACCAUGGAUGAGGAGAUGUUGUUUUUAGCUUGUUACGUAUUACUGCACAAUUGCACGUGAAUCCGCGGGUUCUUGUGAGUUCUUGCGAUUCCUGCUGUCUGUAAUCCGCCACGAAAUUCGCCUCAUAAAUGGAUACAGUAGGAAUUGGUUCUGUAUUGGAGCUGUUCCAGAUGCAGUGAAAAUUGGGGGUUAAUCAAAGCGGCUCUCCACAUGAACUUUCUUUUCUGUUAGACCGGUGUGGGACACAGCUGAUUUUAUAGAUGACAUUAAACUAAACCUCAUGUUUAUAAAAUUUCAACAAUGACUCAUGCAGGAUAUUUGUGUGACACUAAUGUAAUCAGUCAGUCAACUGUGUCAAAAACUCCAGACGAAAGUUCCUCACUGCAGCUUUAAGAGCUUCAAGGAGAGUCUUUGUUUGUCUGAAAACUCUGAUCUCCGUCUUUUCUCCUCCAGCGCUGUCCAGCCUCUCCUCUCAGUCUCCACCCUCCUCGCCCUUCAUCACUCCCUCAGCCGAGCACCCUCCUCCCCUCCUCCCCGCUCAGACCGCCCACCCGACCGACCUCAGCCUACCGCAGCGCGAGACGGAGAAAGUCGACAAAGUGGCGAACGAGUCGCAGCACCUUACGGAGGUCGAGACGGAGACGGAGCCCCUCGGCCAAUCGGAGGACGAGUCUGAUGCCUUCAGCGCGUCUCUGAACAGCCCCUGGGAGCCGAGGGCGUGGCCUGAGGGACGGCAGGUUCUGACUCACCUGGUGGAGGGGUUUGUCAUCCAGGAGGGUCUGCAGCCUUUUCCUGUAAGGGGACACACACAAACACAUGUGUAAUAUAUGAAUGAGUGUAAGUCAGAUCAUCUUCAGGUCCUGCACCUGGAUAAUCCUGGACUUUGUCGUUCUACUCUCAGGGUUAGGACUUCCUAAGGGGUUGAUGAACUACCCCGGUACUACAUUUAGACCCUGGUUCCUGCUACUGAGACACAGAGUUCCUCAGACAAACACAGACUCUUAAACCCCUUUGUGCGUGACUCUGAGUACUUUUCUAUCUUGCAGGUGAACCGCUCGUCCCUCCUCGUUCCAGAGCAGGUGACCAAACCCAAGGAAGUGAACGGGACCAAUGGGAAGGCAGCGUCACCUGUGUCGGACACGGUGAAAAAGUCGGAGCACUCUACGGAGUCGGAGGAGGAGGAGGAGGCCGGAGACGUAGAGGAACACGGGAACAGUGAGCGACUUAUAAACGAGAUGGUUUUAAAAAAUGUGAACACCAUGAUUUUCAGCUUUUAUCAAGUGACAGUAGAGAAGAAGAACUUCAUUUAACAGGCAGAAACCCGGAUCAGAACCAGACUCAUGUUAGACAGUCAUCUGCUGAGACUGCGAUCCAGAAGAACCUCCAGAACAUGAUGGACCUCCGGACUCCCAGAAAAGACUGUAUUAGUGAUCAUGAGUGUCUUUGUCUCACACAGGGUCGACCCACAGGGACCGGACGGUGCUGCACUGUCAGUUCUGUGGGAAAAGAGGCCACGCCCACAACUUCAUGCGGUCCAAGCGUUUCUGCUCCACUUCCUGUGCUCGCGGGUAAGACCUCGUGCGAUUGGCUCAAACACAGAAAACCAGCUUUUGAUCUGUGUGACCUCCAGACACACAGUCUCUGAAGAGCAGAGGUGUCCUAAGGUGUAGCUCUCACUGCGGCGGUGGCAGGAUGUGGUGUGUGUGUGUGUGUGUGUGUGUGUGUGUAGACGCUCGCAGGUGUAAGCAGCAGAUGUGUGUGUGAACCUAAGCAGCAGAGGGUGAAAGUAUCUUCUCAUCUCUCCUCCGUUUUCUCCCUCCUGUCUUUCUUGAUCAGGUUUAACGUUCGUCUGACGAAGCGUCUGCGGGCUCUGAGUGCAGGCAGCCGGUCAGAGAGGCCCCGCCCAGUUCUGAACAGGGCGGAGUCAGUUCCUGGGAAACCUCUGCUACUGCGGCUGGUAGGGACCACACCCUGAACGAGCAGAUUUUUACAGAUUACACCAUCACACGAAGAAAGUACAACUCCAACUUUUCAGAAAUCAAACACAGUCACUCUCUGAAAUAUCAGUACAGCUCUUCAAAACGAUCAUUUUCAGUUUUCCUGUGAAAAUGUCCUCUCAGGGCUCCCGUACAGAGGCCAUUUGUAGCUGAUGAAAACUUUUACAUGUUUCUGCGACAAAAUUAUAACUAAUGUCAGUUUAUUUCAGCUGUUUUAGAUGCAUUAAAGGCGUAUUUAUUUAAUAUUUAAGAUACUGAAACAAUGAAGUUUAAACUCACCCGUCUCACCCGCACCUCCUCUCUCUCACGUCUCCCUCCAGCCUCGGGACCUGUGGAGCGCCGGGCGUCGAGAAAAGGAGGGAAAAGAGAAGGAAGCGGCCGCAGAGGAAGAGGAGGAAGAAGAAGAAGAGGAAGAGGAGGAAGACAUGGAGGCCGGACCUGAGGAGGAAGGGGAGGAGGAGGAAGAGGACAUGGGGGAGGAGGACCCUGCCGUUGCCAUGACAGCCAGGAUGGAGCGCAGGGCGGCGCGGAGAGCGAGGAGGGCGUCUGCACCCGCCCUGACCUCCUCUGCGCCCACCACGCCCACGACCACGUUCAAACCCGCCCCCUCACAGUGGAGUGUGGAGGAGGUGACGGCCUUCAUACACACCCUGCCAGGUAACACACACACACACACACACACACACACACACACACACACACACAUGUGGAGCGUCUUUAAAUCUGGCAGCUUCUGUUCAAAUCUUUAAUUUGAUUUAUAGAAACGUUGACUUCUCUUAAUCGUCAACAGAUGGCGGAAUGUUUCGCAAAUCUUUAAAAUGAACUGCUGAAUGCGCUCGUGUGCAACUUUAACCACAAACUGUCAGUGUGAGUGACAUCACGGCGAAACCAGCUGCUGAGAAUGAAAACAGGGAGAGGUCAGGCUGUCACUCCCAAACUCAAACAAAUCUGCAGGUUUUACUCAUCUGGACCAGUAAAUAUGUCGACAUGAAAACUUCACUCCUCCCCGUCUUCUCUGUGUGUGUGUGUGUGUGUGUGUCUGUGUGUGUGUGUUAGCUGCAGGUGUGUCAAUGUUCUCUAAAAUAAAUAUGCUCAGUGGUUCAGUUUAGUUCUUAUUUUUAGAUAUAGCUUUGUUUUGAAACACUAAAUAAAGAUAUAUUUUGGAAUAAAAAGUCAAAAUAUCCCACUAAUUAAAAAAAUAUAUACUCAUAUACAAAGACCGACCAUAAUUAAAAGAGAGUCCGUAAACUGAUGCAGCACAAUCUGUAAUAAAAACAGAACUGAAAACUUUUAUGAUUUUAGUUUUAGAAACACAUGAGACAGUUUCAGCUCAUUGUUUUAAAUUCAUGCCGACUUUAAAGGGAUAUUCCGGCAUAAAAUUAAUUUAGGGUCAAACACACCGUAACACCGAGUUAGACACCCCCUCGAGAGAUGAAUGUUGUCGACCGCUUGCUUCUCCAAUUAUACCAACUUUAGUAACAACCACUGAUAGCGAUACAGAGAGACAAGCACUCAACCAAAACGCCACUCUAUAGCCACAAAUAAUGCUCAGAACAGCACCUAACUUCAUCAACAGGACAUAUAGGGUCACAGCCAUCAAACAUGAGACUAAACACAACUCACCUUCUCUCUUCCAGCAGCCGCUUGUUUGUAGCGAGACCUCGGGCCAGUCCAUUAUGGACUACAGCGGGGUGACGCAGCUCAAGGAAGAACAUUUGUGAUCAUUUCUUCAUGUAAAUGCAACCAGAGCGAGACGCUAAGACAGAAGAACUACAGCGUCUGAUGAUUAAUGAUUAAUAUGAUGAUUAUUACUUCAAGGAAAUGAUAAAGAAACAGUCGUAAAUGUUCUUCCUUGAGCUGCGGCACCCCGCAGCAGUCUGUGAUGGACUGGCCUGAGGUCUCGCUACAAACAAGCGGCUGCUGGAAGAGAGUAGGUGAGUUGUGUUUAGUCUCAUGUUUGGUGGCUAGAACUAUGGCUGCGGUCGUUACUAAAGUUGGUAUAACUAGAGAAGCAAGCAGUCAGCAACAUUCAUCUCUGUGGGGUUGUCUAACUCGGUGUUACGGUGUGUUUGACCCUAAGUUAAUUUUACGCCGGAAUAUCCCUUUAACCCUCAAACUGAAACCUGGUUCGUGUGUCUUUGUCUUCCAGGCUGCGGCGACGUGGCCGAGGCUUUCCGGCUGCAGGAGAUCGACGGUCAGGCUCUGCUGCUGCUGACCGAGGACCACCUGAUGACCAGCAUGAACAUCAAACUGGGACCAGCUCUCAAGAUCUGCGCCCACAUCAACUCGCUGAAGAACCAGUGAGCGAGGAGGGAACAGAAGGAUGAAACUAGAAAACUAGAGACAGUCGAAAGGGAAAGUUGAGAACGAAGUUUGAGAGGAGAAUCCGUUUUAAAAAUCAAAAGCUGACACCAAGGAUGACAGAACAAAGUCACAAAAAGAGCUGAAGGUAAUUUAUGAGAUUAAAAAUCGAGGAGUGGCCUUAGAGGACGUUACAGAAGCAUGAAGACACCCGAGUCCAGAGGACACGUCACCGUUUUUUUGUCCCUCUGACUGUAGCAGGAGAGCAGGGGGGGUUUUUGUAACUUUGUGUACAUUUUACAUGCAGCUGGAGAGUGUACAUUUGAAGCUAUUUCAUGAAGGAUUUUGAACAUUUAAUAUAUAAAAUUUGUCUAUUUAGUUUUUUUAGAACGUGACGUCAACGACAAAUCUAUCCAGUAGCUAACAUAACCCGUGUGUGUAAAAAAAAGAAAACAAUAAUAACGAUGAUGAUGAUGAUGAUGAUAACGAUGAUGAUGAUAGGUAGACUUUGUAAGUGAUUAAUGAAAGUUUAAUGUUUUAUAUCACUAUAUUCUGGACAAACACGUCUGUGGAUUAAAAAAAGUCACUAUCAGGGUAGAGACUGGUGUCUUUAAUCGUCACAUUUUUAUGGUAUCCUGCUUGAAAUUAUUUAAUAAAUCAAUAAUUAAUCAACAUG